AGUCAUGUGACUCUAAGGGAAAUUCUGUGAAAGUCUCAGACGACACAGCCAUGUCUCGGUGUAGUGAUCCGUAUUUACGUCUAAUUAAAAUAAAAACACGCGUGUAGCUUGUGGGGAACUUGUAUUCCUUACUUCAUCGUUAUUUUUUAAUCGGAUAUCAUUUACGAGCCUCGUGAAGCAGAUGUGAAUGUUUACCAAUCGACAGCGGGUUUUGUCUGUGUCCUCUCGUGCUAACGGGGGUUUUGAAAAACACAAGCAUUGCUUCAGUAAAGUAACGUAGUUAUGGCACAACCGUGUUUGGAGAUGACUGGGUGUAGUUGGAUACACGUUAAAGCCCUUAAUGUCUGGCCUCCGCCUGUAGGUUUGGACGCCAUGCUCGCCACAGUGACUGCUGUGGUCAUUAGUCAAGACAAUGUCUCAGUUUCCCCGACAUCUUUGGAGAACACCUCAACGCAUCCCACCUGGCCUCCUGAUUCCAACAUCAGCAAGCCCCACAGAUGCCUGCAGGUUCUGUAUGAGGACAUCGGAGACUCCAGGGUCCGGUUCUGGGACAUUUUACUGCUGGUGCCAAACGUGGCUUUCUUUGUGUUCUUGAUGUGGAAGCUGCCAUCAGCCAGGGCGAAGAUCCGACUCACCUCCAGCCCCAUUUUUGUCACUUUUUACCUGCUGGUUUUUGUCGUUGCAGCAGUUGGAAUCACCCGUGCGAUUGUUUCCAUGACCGUCAGCGCCUCCAGCGCUGCCACCAUCGUAGAUAAAGUGCUUUGGGAAAUCACACGCUUCUUUCUGCUGGCCAUUGAGCUCAGUGUCAUCAUCCUGGGACUGGCUUUUGGUCACCUGGAGAGCAAGUCCAGCAUAAAGCGCGUGUUGGCGAUAACCGCCGUGUUGGCUCUGGGAUAUUCCAUUACACAGGGCACAUUAGAGAUAUUGUACCCAGACAGCCAUCUGUCAGCUGAGGACUUCAACAUCUAUGGUCACGGCGGACGCCACUUCUGGUUGGCCAGCUCCUGCUUCUUCUUUCUGGUGUACUCCUUUGUUGUGAUCCUGCCAAAAACCCCGUUCAGAGAGAGGAUAUCUCUGCCAUCCAAGAAGAGUUUCUAUGGUUACGCCGCCAUCCUGUCUUUACUGAACUUUGUCCAGGGCUUGGGCAGCGCCCUGCUGUGUGCUGGCGUCAUCGAGGGACUCUGCUGUGUAGAUGUCACCACCUUCCUGUACUUCUCCGCCUUUGCACCGCUCAUUUACGUCACAUUCCUCAAGAACUUCUUUGGUUCGGAGCCCAAAAUCCUGUUCUCCUACAAGUCCCAGGUGGAUGAGCCGGAAGAAAGUGACGUCAACCUCCCCCCCACCGUGGUGGCGGCGGCGCUCGGGCGCAGUCACCAAACGGACCAGGGGCUCUACUACUCCUCCACGCAGAUUGAUGGCUCUGGUCCCGGCAGCUCCCGCAUGGUGGGAGCGUACCUGGAUGACGUUGCCUCUGGGCCCUAUGGAUCCAGCAGCAUCAACAGCGUUGACGCUGACCGCUGGAGACCUAUCCACGUGUGAGAGGACGGCGAGCGGCUGUACCGCCGGACCGCGUGGUCCGAUCAGAGAACCCGAUCGAACACAGACAGGUUCUUGGACAUCUUGGAGCGGCGUCUCUCUGAAAGGACCGACUUAAGCAUCAACAUUUGUGACACUGUUGGCAGAGGACACAUCUGCUGGGUCUGCUGUGGCCUUGAUAGUCCUCAUGGUUCUGGGUCCACAGGCUCUUAGACUUGGGCGCUUCCUGGUUCAUCCGUAGUUUCUUUUAAAUAUAAUUAGACAAACCGGAAUCAUUCCCCCUCGUCAGUAUUCCAACCCAACGUUUGUUCAAAUGAAUAAAAACCCUCUGCUGCUGAUCUGCAUUGACGUGUCCAAAUCAGCAUCUGCUAGCUUUGAGUUCCUGCUGUUAGCAAACAAGCGAUGCAAGUUUCUGGCGUUACGCUGCUUUAAAGAGACACGACGGCUCUGAAAGUCGUGGCUCUACGUCGUCAUCAUCAUCUCACCCAUCUGAUUGCUAGACCGCCUCUGCUUCCAUUUCCAUUUUCAGUUCUUUAGUCACAGAGGAAGAAAGACGUUUCGCUUUGAUCAGCCGUACAUCCGGUUUGAACUUCUCUGAGCAAAGGUUUGAUCUUUUCCCUGGAAACACAAAAUGUCCAUCUGCAUAUGCAACACUUUUCUAAAAGAAUUCCAUUUUCUGAUUCUUAAGAAAGCUGCACAGAAAGAAACUGGGGGGUAUUUAAUGAAGGAUAAGAUGUGAGCAAUAUUUGUUUCUGGCACUUUGUCUUUACACCCACUUAUUAAAUAAUGUCAAAUGUUUCCUCCAAAAAACCCAGUGUUUAGGGAUUUGACUUAGCAUCCAUUCGUGAGCUGUAUGCCAAAAAAGGGUUUCUGUUUAUUUAAAUCUGUUUGAGAAGCGUGUGAAGGUGGAGCGCGAGCUUCUGAAGACCUGCUUGACUUUGUGAAUUUUGGAGUGCAGGUUAAGCUGCAAAAACACUUCUGUUUCACGACUUCAUAAAGGUGCUUUUUAUGAUUCCUUUUUCUUACAAAUCAGUGUCUUUUUCCUGUAAAAUGAUCUUGCAUAUGGUUUCAGAAUGACCUUUAUUGAUUGUGGAUUGGUUCUACAGUAUUCUGCUUAAGUAGAGGCAUUGAAGUAUUGAUCAUUCCUUAACUUUGAGAAUAAACUCUGGAUUUAUGCUCAA